AAUUCUCCAAAAAUUUUCAAACCCGUGUUUUAACCGUCGGACAAUGAAGAAUACAUCUCCCCACGCAUUCACAUAUUUAUAUAUAUAUAAUCUACAAAUCUUUACAAGAAUCUUCAGCAAACCAUUUUUAGUCUUCAUCAAGAUUUGUAUCCAAAUCCAAGAAUAUGAGUCAGAAAUCUCCAUUAUCAAGAUUAUACAAGAAAUACUCCAAGAAGAGGUCAGAAUCAUCUUCAAGAACACAUGAAGACGAAGAAGCAAGAUCCAGUACUAGUAGCUCGUUAAACGUGGACGAGCUAAGAACCGUGUUUGACUACAUGGAUACAAACUCGGACGGGAAGAUCUCAGGGGAGGAGUUGCAAAGCUGUUUUAGUCUCUUAGGCGGCGCGUUGUCUUCGCGCGAAGCCGAAGAAGUGGUGAAGAUUUCUGACGUUGAUGGAGAUGGGUUUAUUGACUUUGGUGAGUUUUUGAAGCUAAUGGAAGGUGAUGAUGGUAGUGAUGAAGAGAAGAGGAAAGAGUUGAGAGAAGCGUUUGGUAUGUAUGUUAUGGAAGGUGAAGAGUUUAUUACGGCCGCGAGUUUGAGGAGGACGUUGAGUCGGCUCGGCGAGUCGUGUACCGUUGAUGCUUGUAAAGGUAUGAUUCGUGGGUUUGAUCAGAAUGGUGAUGGAGUUCUUAGUUUUGACGAGUUUGUUCUUAUGAUGCGUUGAGAUGGUUUUGCUUAUUAUACUUCAAAUUCUUAUAUAUUCUUUUGGGUUGCUAAUUGUUUCUAUGUAUAUUUGUGUUUUAUUUUGAUCCAUAUGUAUUUAACACACUUUAUAUUAAUUAAACAUGUUCUAUGGUUAUGCUU